CCAAGAACCCGAUUUCAUCAACUCGCAAACAUGGCGAUUAUGUCUAUCCUCGUCUCGGCCAUCAUUGCUAUUACUCUCGGCGCUGCCUAUAUAGCGGGACUUCUCGAUCCGGUGAUUGAGCAAGUUGGGGUGAUGUUUUUCCGUGCGAAGGCCAAGGGUGAGGAGAAAAAGAUGGAGGCGAGGGGGAUGAAAGAGGGGCAGGAUUUCUUUGAGGGGGAGCUCAAGGGAAAUAAACAGGCAGAAGAUGUCAAGGAGGGCCUUGGGGAAUUGAAAACCGGCGGCAGCGGUCUCUACGGAACUUAUGCGGAUGGGAGCGGAGUUACACGAUAA